AUCUCCUCCUCCUCCUCCCAUCGCUCCUCUGCUCUGCCCUCUCUUCUUCUUCCUCCUCUCUCUCACUCUGCUUAUCUUAGCUUCUUCUUCUUCUUCAAUUCAAUGGAUAUGCACGCUGCCGACGCGAGGCGGCCGGCGCACGAGGCGGCGCUCAGGGCGGUGCAGAAGCCGCCGGCCAAGCCGUGGCGAGCCUCUCCGUCGGCGGCGCCAGGCCCCGCGCCGCCCAAGGUGUACCGCGUCGAGCCCAGGGAGUUCAGGGACCUCGUGCAGAGGCUCACGGGCGCCCCCGCGCCGCCGCCGCCAAGGCAGCCCGUGGCGCCGGCGCAGCCCGUGCCCGUGCGCCCCGCCGUCGACGAGGCCCAGCUGUACGCGCCAUGGUUCGGCUUCCCCAUGCCCAUGGCCGCCUCCCUCGACGCCGCCCACGGCGCCCUCAUCUGAACCGCCCGCCACGGCUGCCAUGGCCUAAGCUACAUAGCUCGCCGGCGCAAAGGGAAAAAAAAUUAGUUUAGUUUUGCUGUUCAAUAUCGAUCGAUCGGGACAAGUUAGUGUAAUCAAGUGUAAGAUGGUGAUGCAUGGCUUGAUUGUUCGUGUUCAGUAGCCUAUACAAAUGUAUAAUUUCAUACAGGAUAGCAGUACAGUCAGGUUAGUACCACUAGUUGUUCUUCCUGUAAUUGCAAUAAUAACAAUUGUAGAUCGAAGAAGCACCAACACUUUACUGAUUUUCUAGCUGCCUGAGCAAGCAACGAACACACUCGCUGUCAGAGUGUUUGUGGCUUUGUGCUUAUGAUGAACACUGAACAUAUAUUGGUCUGCAUUAGUAAUGAAUAAAACUGUAGCAUGUCUAACUUGAGGAGACUCUUAA